CUGAUGAUACCCUUCAAGUGGCUCUCCAAAAUUCGAUACUCCUGUUUGAUACGCCUUAAUAUUGGGGCACGUUUUAUUUGUUGCGUUGUACAGAGUGCUCGUUCUCUCUUCCCUCCAUACACUCUUCAUGUGUCUCCCUCGCAAAGCACUUGGGAUCGUCUCGGGAACGCCGCCUAUCAGGCUGUUACGGCGCAUUGGUUCGUUGAGUCUUAAGAAAAAUGGAUUUUUACAUACAAAUAUCACCUGGGUCGCUACAAAAUGAUUUCACCCCCCUAAUCCUUCACGUUGUGCAUCGCAAUGAAGGUCGUCUACGGUAAAAAAUGGAUUGGCGAUCAGUUCGAUGGCCAUGAUUUCGAGUUUCCAGAUGGCAGUACUUGGGAAAUCAAGGAAAAGAUAUCAGAAGAGGCGCUCCUUUUCCCAGAACCCCGAUAAAGAAGAAAGGUAGUGGUGGGCCGUCAGAGGCGCAAGCUGUAUAUCACUGCCGUCAGACAAAGGGAAGGACGCGGGAAAAGACGCUAUUAUGAAAAUUCGCAUGCAGAUCCCCCCGGAUCCCGAUAUUGCUGAUCCUAAUCCCGAAAAGAGAGAAAGCGUUGCGCGGAACGAGGCUGGACUAUGGUCUCGACGAGAGCUCAGUAGCCUGGAGUAUUUGACCGACCGAGGCUGCUCCGUUACCCCUAAACUACUCGCAUGGGUCGGUUGCUCUGCAAAUGGAGCACCAAUGGGUCCCCAACGGCUUUAUCCUUAUCAUCGUCAUGGAGAAGGUCCUCGGAGAAUCUUUGGAAACCUUCCGGGAUCGUCCAUCCAAGGAGCAGGGAAAGAUUCGCGGUGCUUUCCGCAGCUUGUUGGAGUGUCAAGCACCACCCCUCUACCGACGCAAAGUCCCGUUAUGCUCAUUUGUCGAUUUAGGGAGCUUUACAGCUUCGGUAUCGAACCAAGGGAUACCCGGCUUCAGAAUCUCAUUUAUGAUCCAAAGAAGAAUCGUGCUAUAUAA